AUGUUAACUUUCGAAAGAGUCGACCAAGAAUCAGAACGAAAAAACACUAGAUUAGAUGAGGCAGUAGAGAAGUUGAAGAAAUGGGAAGAGGGGAAGUAUCAAGGAAAGAAAUUAAAUGAUGGAGAACAGAAACAGACUGUUGGAAGAGAAGAAGAGGUUGGUGAAAGAUGUGAAAGAUUCGAAGAAGCAGGUAGUAAAAUUGCAGGAUGCGUUGGUGGCAUUCGGUGGAAGGGAAGGUAA